CGGUGAUGAUUUGUUAAGACUUUACCCAUACCUAUGCCAAGCGUCUCAUCACAUCGGAUUUCAAAAUGGUGGUUCUGGUGCUGGAUAACGGAGCCGGUUGUGCAAAAGUGGGUUAUUCAACUGAUACUGAGCCAAAAAUAAUUCCAAAUUGUGUUUCAAAAGCGAAGAAUGUCAGGACAAGGAUUUUCAUUGGUGACCAAAUAGAUGAAUGUAAAGAUCUGUCAGGACUGUAUUAUCUCCUUCCAUUCCAGAAGGGCUACAUGGUAAAUUGGGAGGUUGAGAAACAGGUUUGGGAUUAUACAUUUGGUAAAGAAAAGAUGAAAGUUGAUUUCAAUGAAACUAGUAUCAUCUUAACGGAACCUUACUUCAACUUUACCUCUAUACAAGAAGGAAUGAAUGAAGUUUUGUUUGAAGAAUAUGGAUUUAAUUCGGCAAUGAGAACUAAUCCAUCAUUUCUAAGCCAGUACAAGUUGGGUUGUGAUAAUCCAGACAAGAAACUGUGUGCUCUCAUCCUUGAUACAGGUUACUCUUUCUCACACAUUGUACCAUACUGCAUGGGAGAAAAACUUAAAGAUUCUAUUGUAAGAAUUAACAUUGGAGGGAAAGUGUUAACCAACCAUCUAAAGGAAAUCAUUUCAUACAGACAGUUGAUGGUAAUGGAUGAAACCUAUGUGAUCAAUCAGCUGAAGGAAGAUGUUUGUUAUGUUUCAACACAGUUUAACACAGAUAUGAAAACUUCAAGGAAGAAGGGAGCAGAAAAUACAGUGAUGCGUGACUAUGUGUUACCUGAUUACACACAUAUAAAGAGAGGAUAUGUUAGACCUCAGGAGGAGACCACAGGCAGAGCACAGGGAAAUGAACAGAUAAUUAGAAUGAACAAUGAAAGAUUUGCAGUGCCAGAGUUAUUAUUCCAUCCAUCAGAUGUUGGUGUACAAGAAAUGGGCAUUGCAGAGGCAUUAAUACAUUCUGUUGGUUCUACAGAACCUGAAGAGAUGCAUCCACACCUCUACAGUAAUAUUUUAACAACUGGAGGAAAUUGUCUCAUUCCUGGAUUUCAAGAAAGAUUUCAUAUGGAUGUACGAAGUCAGGCUCCUGAUGAGUAUGGUAUCUCGAUCACAUCUCCCAGCAAUCCAAUCACAUAUGCUUGGGAGGGAGGAGUGCAGUUAGCUAAUGAUCCAGAAUUCAUAAAAAUGACAGUAACACGAGAGGAAUAUGAAGAGUAUGGACAUAGUAUAUGUCAUGAAAGAUUUGAUUCAUGACACACCUGCUCACUUCCUUGGAGGUUACAUUACUGACAAAGCAAACUUUGAUUUUGUCACAACUGUUAUUGGUAAAAAUACCAAACCAAAAUGCAGACAGCAUUUGCAUGCUUGUCAGGGAUAUAUUGAGAGUUGAAGAAAGCUGUGUAACAUAAAUGUACUUUGAGCUACCAUUCUGAAAUAUCUGGGAUAUUUUAUUAAGUGAAGCUGCCAUUCUGAAAUACCCGGUACCUGGGAUAUUUGAUCAAGUAAAGGUUUGCCGAGUAAUUAACAGGAAUAAUGGCAGUCCAUACACACUGAUACAUUUUCCUUUGGUUGACCAGGAAGAUAGUGCUCAGAGCCAAAUAUCUCUCAUUUCCAAACCACCACAGGUGUUCACUAACUGCAGAAGGAACAGAAAAAUACAUUGUCAAUGUAAAGUAUUAUUGCCAGUGAUGUUAAACUGCCAAUUUACGUACAUUCAAUUGCACUUCUUAUAAAUAUGCUGCCAAGUUUGUUGCUGCCUCAAUACUGUUUUUGCAUUUAGUUUAUUAUUUAGUGCUUUUUUUAACAUAAAAUUUACUAUCCAGGACAUUGUAUGCCUAUGUACUGGACAAGAGCCAACUUUUUAUAGCAUUUUUACCUUUAUAAGGGCAUAUACCUGAAAACUUUACUGAUUUACUCAACAUGUUUUAAUCCAGUAAAACACCUGCUGGAAUUGAUAGUAAUAGUUUUGUCCCCGAUACUGCCACAGUAAUUGCUUUGUCAUAAAUACGUUGCAUUUAUUUUACAAGAUGUACAAGUAUUGUACUUUAUAGAGUUACGAUAUAGAUGAUCUUGACAUUGACAAGAGGGUCAUGAUGGCCAUAGAUUGUUUACAAGUUUCACAUCUAAAACAGGCAACGGCUUUGGUUAGAAAUCAUCUAAGAAACAGAUUUGCCAGAUUACAUUGAAAACUGGCCUUCACAUUCAUAUGAUAGUUUGAAAGUUUUCCAUACAGCCAUAAAAAGACAGACUAGCCCAGUCCUGCCUGCCAUGUUCAUUUUGAGAAAUUGGGAUAGCUUUAACAGUUUUAAUAGAGGGUUAGCCAAGGAACAUUUUUAUGCAAUCAUACAAAAUUGGACCUUUGGUAUAGGAUAUGGGGUUUGAUGAGAGUUCUAUUUUCAGUUUUGAUGGCCAUGUUUUUUUGACAACCUCUCGUUUCAGUUCCUGUUACUGGAUAUUCUAUGUCUAUCAUAAUCAGGAAAAAUAUUAUGUAGAACUCUUCAUGAAAUACUGACCACUUUAUUAUACGAGAAACAAAGUAAUUGUUUUUGUUACAUUAUUUCAGUUGACUGGGCAAGCUUCAUGUAUUCCAGUUUUUUAUUUUACAUGUUUCAGAAUCAAGUCAGCAUUGUUUCUAAAGUAUAUAUUCCGAGUUCUUUUCAUUACUGUUUCAUAUUGAUUUUUUUUUUUUUGCAACAUCGUAAUAUUUUUGUUAAAAGAAAAUACUACAAUGCCAAAUACUUUUCACAAAAGAUUUUGUAAAAAAAAAUAUAGGAAUUUGUAAAUGGCUUUACUCGAAUAGAACAGGCAUAAAAUUCAUAAUAAGUUACCAGUAUUUGUAUGAUGAACUAAUGAAAAAUAUCAACAUACCGGUAAAUAAACUGAAAAUGAA